UCUUCCUCACUAACAGGAAUCAUGAACUUUCAAGCUUGUUCUUUCACCAUCUUGGUGUUGUUAUGUGUUCAUGUCCUACCAACUAUGGUUUCAUGUGAGUGCACAUGUGACACAGAACAAGCCAAACAUAGUGAUGAUACAAGUGAAGCUCUCCAUUACAAAAUUGGGUCGAUAGCUUCUGUGCUUGUUGCUGGUGCUCUUGGGGUGAGCCUUCCAUUGUUAAGCAAGAGAAUCCCAACUUUAAAUCCUAAAAAUGACAUCUUCUUCAUGAUCAAAGCUUUUGCAGCAGGGGUAAUCCUUGCAACUGGGUUUAUCCACAUACUACCAGAAGCAUUUGAAAGCUUGAACUCACCCUGCUUAAAGGAAAAUCCAUGGGGAAAAUUUCCCUUUGCCGGGUUUGUUGCCAUGUUGUCCUCUAUAGGAACAUUGAUGGUGGAUUCAAUUGCCACGGGGUAUUAUCAAAGACAACAUUUUAAUCCAUCAAAACAAGUUCUAGCUGAUGAAGAAAUUGGAGAUGAACAUGUUGGUCACAUGCAUGUUCAUACACAUGCCACACACGGUCAUGCUCAUGGAUCAGCUAUCUCUUCUGAGGGUUCAAUGACAUCUGAACAAAUUCGGCAGCGCAUCAUAUCACAAGUGUUGGAGAUAGGAAUAGUGGUCCAUUCAGUGAUCAUUGGAAUAUCUUUAGGUGCUACAGAGAGCAUUGAUACCAUAAAGCCUCUCCUUGCUGCCUUGUCUUUCCAUCAAUUUUUUGAGGGGAUGGGGCUUGGUGGUUGCAUAUCUCAGGCAAAGUUCGAAUCCAGGUCCACUGCAAUUAUGGCUACUUUUUUCUCGCUAACAACCCCAAUUGGGAUAGCAAUUGGAAUGGGAAUUUCAAGUGUGUACAAUGAGAAUAGCUCAACUGCUCUGAUUGUUGAAGGGGUUUUCAAUUCUGCAUCUUCUGGAAUUUUGAUUUACAUGGCAUUAGUUGAUCUGCUAGCAGCAGAUUUUAUGAACCCAAGGUUGCAGAACAAUUUAAAGCUUCAAUUAGGAGCUAAUAUAUCCCUUCUUUUAGGUGCAGGUUCCAUGUCUUUAUUGGCCAAAUGGGCUUAACUUUUGGUGUUUUAGUUUGUUAUCACUACGC